AGCGCCGAGCGAGCGUGAUGGCGUCAGGAGCUGCGGGUGCCGCUUCCUGUUGUCAGUGGCCGAGAGGCCGCAACCUCUGCUCCGAGGCUGAGGAGCUGCCGCAACCGGGAGCGCCCCCCGCCUCGCUCCCUUUUCCGUUUGGGGGAUGCCGGCAGCCCUGAGGGAUUGAACCACUCACUGACUUCAACUCUUCCUGCAUACUCAUUUGGACAUGGCAUUCUUGGUCUGUAGAUUUAGGUGGUCACAUCCACUGGGAUGACAGACACCAGGUACAGGUGUUAUGUGAUUCUCCGAGGGAGCAGCUGUGUGAGUGGAGAUGCUCUCAGUGGUGGAGAAUGGACUGGACCCCCGGGCUGCCAUCCCGCUCAUCAAGAAGAAGCUGGUGGGAUCCGUGAAGGCCUUGCAGAAGCAGUAUGUGUCCCUGGACACAGUGGUCACUAGUGAAGACGGAGAUGCCAAUACCAUGUGCAGCGCCCUGGAGGCUGUUUUUAUCCAUGGCCUGCAUGCCAAGCACAUCCGAGCUGAGGCUGGAGGAAAAAGGAAGAAAAGUGCCCACCAGAAGCCUCUGCCCCAGCCUGUCUUCUGGCCCCUCCUGAAAGCUGUCACCCACAAGUGAGAUUAGCGGGAGAAGUUUUGCUUUGGGGAGGAUCAGCAGAGUAUGGGACACUUGGCUUUUCCUCCCCAGCUAUUCAGGAAGCCAACAGAGAUGCCCUGUGUUGUAGCAUAGAGAUAGGGUGAGGUAGGGUUGCAAGUGUCUUCUGGAAAGGUUCAUCUCUAGACCAAGCUUCCCAGCCAGUGUGCCAGCAGAUCUGGAGACCCUCAGCACUCAGGCAAGAGCCUGUGGCUGCUUUGAGCCCUGGGACUGGUCGCCUUUAGCAGGAACGGCGUUUUUGCCACACUGGGGCAGAGUUAUGUAGUUACAGCAGAGGUUGUGGCCUGCAAAGCCUAAAGUAUUUACUAUCUGGCCCUUUACAGAAAACGUUUGCUGACCCUGCCUUAGAUUGUUCGAACAUCUGAGUUGUAAAUCUUAUCUCUUAAGGAGGUAUGGGGUUAUUUUUAUUAAAGACUGGAAUCAGGAAGGAGCAUAUGAAUAUUUACCCUGAGACACUUCUCUCUGGCCUCUGUCUGGGCUUUUGAGCAAGUUGCUGGCACUGUGCCUCAAAGGACCACUAAAUGCCACCUUGAGCCCAAAGAAGCCUUGUCAGUCUCUGAUCUUUCCACACCGACUGCCACUGCCCCAUCUCCGGUUCCUCUUCUUUCCUGGGUAACAGUGGCUUUCUAGUUGUCCCCCUAUCUCACUCUGUCUUUCCUUGAGUUUGUCAUCUGGUCAACAUUUACUGAGCUGAAGCUCCCGGAGCUUACUC